GUAACCUAGAAAACUAGGGUAGGGUAGGGGAUCAUAACUUAUGCACUCAACAAACAUAUCGAAAUAACGCAAUUAAGUUUUUGUCUGAUAAUUGUUAAUACAUACUGAUAUGCUUCCCAAAAAUAAUGAUACGUAAAAGAUUUUCAUUAACGACCAUAAGAUGUGAAACAUGAUUAAGAAUCGAGACGACGACUAUUUAGCCCACCCCUGAAAAAACGAGAAAGGUAGUCUCCCCAGGUCCCUUCGAUCAAUCCAACAUGGCGGCCGCUCACCAGCUUUGCAUCUGAUCGGAUGUGUUCGUUUUUGGUGGCAUUAUUCUCAAAAUGAUGGAAAGCGUUCUCAAAAAUAACUUCUCACUGGGACAGACGAGUCUUCAGUUAGAGACUGAGAGCAUGUUAGCCCAGUCUUUUCGACUUGGAAAAUCACCUCAGGAGGGCUACAAGACGGGCAAACUGUCACAUGCAUUAGAAGACUUUGCUAAAGUUACAAGGAACAGCGAAACCUCACUUUCUCGAUAUGUUCAUUAUUUGAUAUGCGAAUACUUUGAACAACUUGACGCUGAUGCAAGAUUCGACAGUAUCCAGUAUGAAGAAAUCUCUUUUACUGAUCAUGAAACUGGACAUUUGAUAUGGGAAAAAAUUACGGAAGUGCUUGGAGAAGAUAUGAUAAGUAACUAUUCAAGUUGUGACUAUCAUGGUGCCGUGAGAAGAUUGCAUCCAUUAUGUCAUGCUAUUCAUAAGGAGUUUAUCAGUCUUUCACAACAUGAAUUUGAACAGAGAUUCAAAGCUAGCUUACAGUGGACUGGAUAUGACACAAGAUUUUUAGACUGCUUUUCACUUCUCAAGUCCUCAAACACCGCUGAUCAUAACUUGUGUCUUUUACUUCUAACGUCCUCUCUGGAACAUGCCUUGGGUGAUGUGUAUCUCUCGUACUCUUCUGCAUCACAGUGCCCAUCUUUGUUGAAAGACUUGUUAGCAACACAAGAGCUGAAGGAAGUGCUUGGUGACUCUGUUAUAAGCCUUCUGCACAUUUUAAUUGGCCCUCCUUCCAGCCUUAAUCUUAGAAAUGUCCUGUGGCAUGGAUUUGCUGCUCCUGCAGAAGUUCCUCUCCAGUAUGCCUCACUGCUGUUACUUAUUACUGCAUCUAUGAGUACCAAGUUAAGAGAUCCACCAUUCAAUUCAAGGGAAAUCAAAAGACGGCCUUUAGUGAACUUGUCAACUUGUGCAGAUGAUCACCUUUACAACACAUUUUCUCCUUUAGAGACAUCUACUACAGAAGAAAUACUCAAAUUAUUUCAUUCAAGUUUCUUCAUUAUUCCAAAUAUGCUUCCCUUGUGGGUUCUAGCACUGGAAUAUUUUAAACAACAAAGAUUUGACUUCUGCAUCAUACUGUUGCUUCCUCAACUGGAGCAUGGCCUGAGGAGAGUGUUUGCCAUCGUAAACAACUGUCCUCAUAGAGUGCUAACAGCAGAAUCUGUGGUACUAUACACAACAUUUGAUGAGAUCCUUUCACCUGUUUUACAAGAUGGUUCUGAAAAUCUUCUCAGACAGGAAAUAGGAGACGCCUAUUUUGAAAUGUUACUUGAUAUUCUCGUGCAUUCUGAGGGACCACGGAUUCGACACCAUAUCAGCCAUGGUGAAGUGAAUCUGCAUGAAAUAUCACAGCAAUCAGCCAAUCACAUUUUGUGUAUUUGUGUUGCAUUUGCAGGAUUAUAUAUCUACACUGAUUAUAAAAGUCAUAAUGACAAUAGCAUUCCUCUUGUUGAAAGGAUCUGUGAAACAGCAACGACAUACAAGUCAGUCUUUCAUCCUAUUUCUCUUUUGUCAAAGACAGUGCGGGAACUUUGUCUAUCAUUCUUGAAAUGGCAGGAUUUACCAAAACCAUUUGGUGAAGAAUUUGACAGUUUGGAGAGUGACGGCAGUGUUAAGUUCCUAGAUUUCAAGGAAGCCCUUCGAAUGCUAAUGGAAUCUUUUUCAUUACCUGGUGAUAGUUUAUUCAAAGUGCUGCAAUGGCAGUUUGAUUUAGGUGAACUUGAAACUUUUGUUGAAGGUUGUGUGCAAACCGUGGACUCUGCCCAGUGUCCAACUCUGUUCAGGCCGAAAGGAGAAAUGGAGGUAACUCUGUUGCUUAGGAGCAUUGCACAACAUGGCAAUGUGAUUUCUGAGCAGGUAUGUGAAGCAGCUACAGUGAGAUACCAGCAGUGGAAAGACAGGCAGCUAAGACAGCGACAGAGGGCCAACUAUAAACGACUAUGGUGCCACGUACCUUCCAUAUGUGCUACUCUACAGCUCAUGGCGCUUGUCGUCAUCACAGAAUUGCUCAGACUUCCAAGGAGUGGGGAACAAGGACAGAGAAGUAACUUCAUCAAAUUCCUGAAGCGAUGUCUUCAAUGCAGCGAGAACAUGGACUCUUUAUCCAGCGCGUCAAAAAACAAGUGGGAUGAAUGUAAUACCGUAGGAAGAACAUUUGUAGAGUGUGUUGGACAGUAUUAUGCUAAACGUAGACACGAAAUGGUUUCGUGAUGACCAUGGAGAAUUUGAAAGUUUAAAAAAAAGAAAAGUCAAAUUAUAUAAUAUAUUUUAAAACGAAAGAGAACUGAAAUUAUAUGUGGAUGCCUAUG